AUGCUUUGCGCAAAAGGUUUUUGGAAUCACCUUCACAAGCGGGGUGACAGUGGAGGUCGAAUCGUUGUUCAGGGAAGAAGUCGGCGCGGAAGACCUCAAGAAGUACUCUGGGUGGCUGCCCAGCGGCAUGUCGACACCUCUACAGCUCCUGCUGCAUGUCCGGAGAAGAAGGUGACGGUGGAGGUCGAAUCGUUGUUCAGGGAAGAAGUCGGCGCUGAAGACCUCAAGAAGUUCCCCCUGUGGACUAUGGGUGGCAGACGCAUUCAUUGUGCUUCCGUGAAGUGUAUUGCCACUGUCGAGGUACUCUGGGUGGCUGCCCCGCGGCAUGUCGACACCUCUACAGCUCCUGCUGCAUGUCCGGAGAAGAAGGUCACUUCUCGUCUUCAUCUGCAUGCGUUUGCACCUCAGAAAGUGAAACAUGGUGAGUUGCUGGUGUACUUCGCUGCCAGACAGUCAC